AGUACUGGAUCAGAUUCAGAGUUAUCCUUAUUACAGUAAAAUUUAAAAAAAUGGGAUAACAACCUUUUGGUACAUUUUAAUUCGCCAUACGUUUGGAAUCGUUGUUGCGCGCAUAAACGAUUUUCAGGCUGUAAAUCUGCUGGCGAUAAAAUAACAUACGUGAGACAACACCUAAUUACAAACAAGUGCUUUGGAAUGCGCGGCAGCAUAGUAUUAUGUAUUGUAGUCGCAAAGACUCUGAUCGGCGCAGUCAUAUUAGUCAACGCUGGGGAAAAAGAAAAAAAAUCAUAACGAAUACUUGUGAGUUGGUAGUCCUAAUAUAAGGAGAAAAACCAAGCGGCUCGAACAGGAGUGUGGGACUGCGACAUCCCAAGAUGCCCGAGAAACAAACUACAAGUAUCAAUACGCGACACCUCACACAGGAAGAGAAACUGGAGAUCGUGGAUCUAUUUGACAAAGGUUGCAGUUGCGUCCACAUCAUGCGGAAGUUCAGUGUGUCCCGUCACUUUAUCAAGCGAGUGCUGAUCGCUGCUGGGAGAACGGUCAUCUUCACCGAGCAAGAUCGACAGCGGUACGACGCGCUGCGACCGGUUGUUCUGCGGUUGUUUCGGCAGGGAUGGUCCUUUCAAAUGAUAGCGCAGCGAUUUAAAACUUCGCUAUUAUGGGUGGAAAUGAUAGUAAGGGCGGCCGGUUUAACUCCGGAAACACCGCCCGGACGGUCGGUAUCUGUUAACGGGGUCCCAGCAAGUAGCUCGCAACUUAAAUUUAAAUGGCCGAAUAUUAUUGACAUCAUUACGAUUGACGAGGAGGACUCUGCAGGGCAAACUCCUUAUACUCCAAAAACAAAUGAUCCAUGUACCGUACCCCAGCUUAAUCCAACCGCCGACGGUGGGCAUAUCUCCAAUUCCGAGAUCAGUUCACCUGCUGAUAACAACAAGAUGUUGUGCGGUAACCAGCCGUACAAAUACAAAUGUCCAACAACAGAGAACGUUGAGCUUUGCCACGACAUAAACGGCAUAAUUGCUAAAGAUCCCAGUUCACCAGAAAAUGUCAAGGAAAUGAGGGCUCUGGGGGCCGCUCCGGAACGAGAAAGCGCAGCCGAGUCACUUUCCACCGGCGCAGUAAUCCAGUGGGUACAAAUGGUGGAGCAUCCUUGCGCUUCUCCGGACACAUUCGUGGAAACUGCUACCGAAGUAUCGUUACUUCCGCCAAACAGUGCGACCGUGAUCGGCCGCAGCGCAAGAUAUCAGUGCGAGAUUUGCUGCUUUUCCUCCGAUGAAGGAGAAGCUUUUCUGUUGCAUUUGGCAGACAAAGAGCAUGAACAGUUUUGUGCCACUGGGAUAUUCUUACAUUGUACAGGAUGUCCAUUCAAAACCCGCAAACCGGCUACGAUGGGCAGGCAUAUUAUUACGUACCAAUCGCAAAGCGCGAUAUACAUGUAUAUGCAAAACGUGAACAUGCAUUCUGUGAGGAUUUACAAGGUAGAAACUUAAUGACUAUCGAAAUCUUAAUAAACCUUAUACGAUAAACCUUAUACGUGAUGCUUAAUUAAACCUUAUACGAUCAAGUUAUCU